AUGCUCCCUUCGCCGCCCACCCACCCACCCCACUCCCCCGACUCUGUCCACUCCCCAGGACAGGGAAGCAAGGAGAAGGUGAGAGCAGGGAGGGGGAUGUGGGGGUGUGGGUUGUUUUCUCCUUCCCUCUCUCACUCUGUUUCCCUUUCCCUGCUUCCCUCCCUUCGUCUUCCACACCCCCCAUUCCCCCCCCUUUUCCCUCUCUCCUGCCCCGCAGUGCCCAUUAUCGGCGAACCUGCGAUCCUGUACCCGCACAGGGGAGGAGGGGCAGGAGGGGAGAGCGAUGGGUGA